GCCCUCCCUCUCAAGUCUCAACCUUCUCACGUUCUCUUUUCAUCUCUGGAGGGCGUCCACAUUGCUUAGCAGAGACCCCUCAGACUCUGAUUAUCAUACGCCGGCGAGUGACACGUAAAGAGAGAUGGACCAUUACUCGGGAGGAAGCUGGACUAUGAUCCCGCCCGUUGCGACCCAUAGUAACACCUCUACACCCUCAAAUCAGGACCACCUCUACCUCACUCACCAACAACAACAAUUUCAACUCCAACAACAACAAAUUCAACAACAACGUAUGCUUCAACAACAACAGCAACAACAACAGCAACAACAACAGCACCAUCAACAUCAAUCACUGGCCUCUCACUUCCACCUCUUACAUAUGGUGGAGAAUUUAGCGGAAGUGAUUGAGCAUGGAACUAGGGAUCAACAAUCAGAUGCAUUGGUAAGUGAUUUGAACAACCACUUUGAGACGUGCCAGCAUCUGUUAAAUUCGAUAUCGGGUUCAAUAAACACCAAGGCUAUGACAGUUGAGGGUCAAAAGCGGAAGCUUGAGGAAACUGAGCAGUUGUUGAAUCAGCGGAGGGAUCUUAUUGGGAAGUACAGAAGAUCUGUUGAAGAGCUUAUCAAGUCUAAGCCAUAACUGCCUCUCACCCUUCAGAUAGUAGUAACUAGUCUAGUUGCUGUUGGAGCAUAAAGUACACCACUCUCAAGUCUUAAUGAAAGCCAGAGGUCCUGUAACUGUGGGAUUAGAUUGGUUUCUGUAGUUCUUUGUAUAAAGUAUUGUAAUUGUUUUCGCUUAUAUAUUGAGCAUGUAGGACAUCCCCAUGAAAAAAACUCAUUCCUUGAUCCAAUUUUAAUGGGACUCUUUGGCGCCUUAAAAAGACUCCCCUAUUUCUUCA